UUUAAGAAACAGGGGAAGGCGAAGCACAUCUACAGAGAACCAAUGGAGGGGUUCUCAAGGAUUCCGCUUUUCCUUCUUCCUAUUUUGAUUUUCUCUAUGUUGCAGAGACCCACGUUCGCCAUAAAAAAGUCCUAUGUGGUAUACUUGGGAUCACAUUCACAUGGUCCGGAAGCCUCACAAGCUGAUUUUGAUUUAGCUGCAGAUUCUCAUUACGAGUUUCUGUCAGAUUUCGUUGGAGGCCCCAAGGCCGCGAAAGAAUCAAUUUUUUACUGCUACACAAAGCAUAUCAAUGGUUUUGCAGCAACCUUUGAAGAAGAUAAAGUAACCGAGAUUGCAAAGCAUCCCAAGGUCAUAUCAGUCUUCCCGAACACAGGACGGAAAUUGCAUACAACCCGGUCAUGGGAUUUUCUUGGACUAGAGAAAAAUGAUACAGCUCAACCUGGGUCGAUCUGGGAGAAGGCCAGAUUUGGGGAAAAUACAAUUAUUGGGAACCUUGACGGUGGUGUCUGGCCUGAAUCAAAGAGUUUUAGCGAUGUGGGGUAUGGACCCAUUCCACUAAGAUGGAAAGGAGGCUGUACGGACACUGCCCCCGGCAGAGUUCGUUGCAACAGGAAGUUGAUUGGCGCCAAGGCAUUCAACAAAGGGUACCUAUCGGCCACUGGCAAGACUUUCCUCACCACGCGCGACGUCGAUGAUGGUCAUGGGACCCACACCUUAUCGACGGCUGCCGGAAACUUUGUCCAAAACGCCAGCAUUUUCGGUUUCGGAAAGGGCACGGCCAAGGGAGGAUCGCCAAAGGCGCGUGUAGCCUCUUACAAGGUUUGCGGGAAGGACUCGUGCUACGACGCCGACAUCAUCGCCGCUUUCGAUGCCGCCAUCCACGACGGUGUCGACAUUCUCUCCUUGUCCCUGGGAUCCGGUGCCCAAGACUAUUUAAAAGAUGGACUGGCCAUCGGCUCUUUCCACGCCGUCAAGAACGGUAUCCUUGUGGUAGCCUCAGCCGGAAACGAAGGUCCGAAAGAAGGCUCCGUUUCCAACGUCGCCCCCUGGUUGUUGACGGUGGGCGCCAGCACCAUUGAUCGCCAGUUCACGGCCAUCGUGAAGCUUGGUAACAAUAAGCAGUUGAAAGGGCAGAGCCUCUCCCAGGUUUCCAUGCCCUCGAACGGCAAGAUGUACCCUCUGGUGACUGGUGACGCCGCGAGAUUAAAGGACGCUUUUGCCGACGAUGCCCUGUAUUGCAAGGAAGGGACGCUGGACCCGGUGCUGGUAAAGGGGAAAAUACUGGUGUGCUUAACUGGUCAGACCAAGGGACAGGAGAAGGGAGCGCAGGCACUCAAGGCAGGGGCUGUGGGGAUGAUAGUGGUUAACGAGGCCAUUCUGAUCCCCGAAGCUCAUUUGCUCCCUGCGUCUCAAUUGUCACUCACGGACAGUGAUGUGUUAUACGAUUACAUGAAGUCGACGAAAGCACCCACCGCUUACAUCUCACCAGUCACGACGGAGCUAGGGAUGAAGCCAGCACCUAUAAUGGCCUCAUUCUCCUCCCAGGGACCCAACACUGUGACUCCCGAGAUUCUCAAGCCAGACAUUACUGCACCAGGAGUGAACAUCCUCGCCGCCUUCUCCGAAGCAGUGUCACCCUCUGAAUUGCCUUAUGAUACCAGACGAGUUCCCUUUACCGUUAUGUCAGGCACGUCCAUGUCCUGCCCUCACGUCGCUGGUGUUGCUGGCCUCCUCAAGACACUCUACCCACAUUGGAGCCCCGCCGCCAUCAGAUCUGCCAUUAUGACUACCGCAAGUACAAGGGAUAAUGUGAGGCAUCCGAUGAUGAAUUCGACAAACACAAGAGCAAACCCAUUCAACUACGGGGCGGGACAAGUUCGACCCAACAGUGCCAUGGAUCCUGGUUUGGUUUAUGACCUAACCCCCAUCGAUUAUUUGAACUUCCUAUGUACCAUUGGCUACGACCAAACUUCCAUCAACCUCUUCUCUGAAAGACCAUACAGAUGCCCCAAGCCCACCACCAGUCUCCUGGAUUUUAACUAUCCUUCCAUCACAGUACCUAACCUCUCCGGCACAGUCACUAUGACGAGGAAACUAAAGAAUGUUGGGUCAUCUCCAGCUACAUACAAGGCCAUGAUUCGACCUCCCUUGGGAAUUUCUGUUACACUGGAACCAGCUAUCUUGACAUUUAAUUCUGUUGGAGAAGAGAAAACAUUCAAACUAACCAUCAAGGCUAACCGUCCUGGUUAUGCUAAAGACUACGUUUUUGGUGAACUUAAAUGGUUCGAUGGUCGUCACCAAGUCAAGAGUCAGAUCGUGGUGAAGGCCGCUGCAACGUAGAGUUUCCCUACUUUCUUUUCUGUGCUUAGAUGAGAUGAGAGUGAUGAAAUGGCCUAUACAAAUCCACUAACACUGUAAGAAGAGAAAUCAUCCUUUGUUCUAAGUCUCAAUCACUCCAGACUCAAAAGUGUAUAUAUAUUGAUCCACCAUGAAUCUUACAGUUAUUCUUGGCCAUCUCAUUGUGAAAUUUAAUUGAUCAUUUGAUUGAGUAAAUUACAUCUCACCUUGCUCCUUUUUA